AUGGCAUCAAACGAAACAUCAUCGGCAGCUGCAACUAGUAACGCGAAAGUUACUUUUAAAAUAACAUUAACAUCUGACCCGAAAUUACCAUUCAAAGUGUUAAGUGUACCGGAAAACACUCCUUUCACCGCUGUUUUGAAAUUUGCCGCUGAAGAGUUUAAAGUUCAGGCGGCUACUAGUGCAAUUAUAACCAACGACGGUAUCGGCAUCAAUCCAUCUCAAACAGCUGGUAAUGUUUUCCUUAAACAUGGCGCCGAACUUCGAAUUAUUCCACGUGAUCGUGUUGGUCAUUGA